AUGUCUAAGAGAAGUGCCGAAGCGGAUGAGCAGGUCGCUCUAAAGGCUGGCGACCGGCCAAUCGCAAAUGCCCCAAUGGACGAGGCGGGGGAGUUUGAAGACGAGUUCGAGGAUGAGUUCGAGAGUGAAGAUGAGAUCCUCGAGGCCGGAGUGGACGGUCGCCCAGAUGCUGAGCGCGAGGAAGAAGAGAGGGAAGCUAUGGAGGUGGACAAGGAGACUUUCAUUCCUGGACGGACCAAAUUGGCACCCGGAGAGACACUAUCGCCCGAUCCCUCAACCUACGAUAUGCUUCACACACUCAGCACACCUUGGCCAUGCCUUUCCUUCGACAUUGUGCGCGAUUCGCUCGGUGACAACCGCAAGACCUUCCCCGCCACGGUCUACGCUGUCACUGGCACACAAGCCGAGGGCUCGAGAACCAAAGACAAUGAACUGAUGGUGAUUAAAAUGAGUGGCUUAAGCAGAAUGGAGAAGGAAGGCGAGGAAUCCGACAGCGACUCGGACGACGACGACAUGGGCGAGCCCAUUCUCGAGCACAAGUCGAUCUCGCUUGGCUCAACGACAAACCGCAUUCGCACCCACCAGACACCUUCCCAGUCAGGCGAUUACUCCAAGCCCCCGCAAACCCUUACCGCAACCUGGCUCGAGAACUCGCAAGUCGUUAUCCACGAUGUCACAGCCCACCUUUGCAGCUUCGAUGUGCCCGGAACCAUCCUUCCCCCUUCGGCGUCCAAGCCCCUUUCCACUUUGCGCAUGCACAAGACCGAAGGUUACGCUUUGGACUGGUCUCCCCUCCAGCCUCUCGGAAAGCUGUUGACCGGCGACAACGACGGAUUGAUCUACGUCACCACUCGUACUGAAGGCGGCGGCUGGGUCACUGAUACCCGGCCGUUCACAGGCCAUGCCUCUUCGAUUGAGGAACUGCAAUGGUCUCCCAACGAGCGCAAUGUGUUUGCUUCUGCUAGCAGUGACGGUAGCGUUAAGGUGUGGGAUGUGCGAUCUAAGUCGCGCAAGCCCGCGGUGGACGUUCAAGUCUCUAACACUGACGUGAACGUCAUGAGCUGGUCCAAGCAGACCGCUCACCUUUUGGCUACCGGUGCCGAUGAUGGACAGUGGGCGGUCUGGGAUCUGCGUCACUGGAAACCUAAUGCGGCUGCUCCUUCUUCCCAGAUCAAAUCUACCCCAGUUGCAUCAUUCGACUUCCACAAGGAGCCAAUUACCAGUAUCGAGUGGCACCCUUCAGACGACAGUGUGGUGGCCGUUGGCUGCGCGGACAACACUGUCACUCUUUGGGAUCUUGCUGUCGAGCUGGACGAUGAAGAGAGCCGCCAGGCUAACAUGGCAGAUAUCCCUUCGCAAUUGCUGUUUGUGCAUUAUAUGGAGUCUGUCAAGGAGCUGCACUGGCAAGCACAGAUGCCUGGUACGCUCAUGGCGACCGGCAGCAGUGGAUUCAGUGUUUUCAAGACGAUCAGUGUCUAG